UGGAGCCCGACCGACAACGCGUUGCAGCCCGACGAUCGGGUGUCGUCGUUCCGCGUCUCGGUUGGUUCGCGAAGCGAACGAAGAAAAAAAAAAAAAAAAAGACCGCGCAGCCUCUCCGCGUUGAUCGUGACCGAGCGAGCAUUUGAGUGCGCAACGCCGACGGUGUGUCGUCGCCGCUGCCGCCGUGCGACCGACCAACACGAUGGAAUAACAGCUCAUCGGAAGCAGUGUCGCCGACGAUCGGGCUAGAAGCCGCGGGCCGCCUCUUUGUCCCCAACAGCACAACUCUUCAGGGCUGUGCGUGCUCUCUCGGCUUGUCGCUCGCAAAGGUACACGCUUGCCCCUCCUGCUGACCGCUAAGUCCCAAUCCCAGCCGCCGCAAUGAUUUUCGGCAUCAUCUUGGGCAUCGUACUGUUCGUCGGCAUCAGCAUCGUGCUGAUCGCUCUGUACGUCGCCUUUAAGCGCUUCUGCUCGGACUCCAAGGACUAUGGCAUGAUCAACGCCAACUCGAACAUCAAGCACGGCCGCCUAUACCCCGUGCUCAACUACAAGGACUGCGACGACGAUGGGCCCGGGGGUUCGGGCUCGACCACGCAGUGCCUGGACAACCACGACCUGGACGUUCCCGACAUCAAGGUGCCCGGAAGCCCCGGCGCCGACCACCACGAAGACAUGAGUUGCAUGCCGCUGACGGCGGACAAAGAGCCGGACUACGCGACGCCCGUGAGCCUCACCAAGCCGUACGGACCCCCACCUCCGGUGUCCAACAGUCAAGACCACCAUACCGAAGGUGCCGCCGCUGCUACCGCCUCGUCUUCGACCUGGAAGCCGCCUGAGGAACACAGUGCUGUGAGCCACGUCAACGAGGGCUUUCACGGAGGUCCGUCCGAGCUUUCCAGUGGGGGCGGCGGCACCGGGUUCGGAGCUCGUGCUGCCGUUCACAAUGCGGAUGAAGACGGGGAGGAGUAAAUCAUGGCAUGAUGCAUGAUUUGCUUGAGGCAAUUCUGGUGCUGCGAUUGUCUAUAUACACCGUGGUAAUGAUGGUUACAGUACUUGGAGUUGUCUCAUAUUCCUGCAUAUUUCUUUCUAACUUUCUUUUAAGGCUAUUCAUUUGCGUAUUUCCAGAUUUCAGAAAUACUUGUCCUUCCUUAAGCUCAGCAACGGGACAAGCCAAUACGCAAAUAACUAAACAUUCUUUGUGGAUUGUUUUACUUGUAGCGUAGUAUGUUGGAACCAAGUUUACAGUAUCACAGAGCCAUUUGAAACCAAGAAGACAAAGCUAAAGCUAAAGUACUCUAAGCAUCGUUACCACAUAAUCUUACUCGCCGAACUGCCAAUUAACUCUUUCACAGCGCCAGACUUUCCUCCAGAACGUUGUAUGGAAGAACGUUGUAUGGGAAACGUUGUGUGGGCGUGACUGUGGUUUUCAACUUUCGGGAUUUUCCAUGCGGAGGUCGUACGUAUAUGAGUACAUUGUCGAAGCCCGCCAUCUUCUCAGUUUUGAUUGGCUCGCGUGGCUGCUGCGGGCUUUCUGGUCGGUUACGAAUGGUUUCAUUGCAAGAUUUGCUCUAAGAUGCCUUGAGAAUAACGACACGAAGACGGGCCAUGAAACACUCCCUUGAUGACGUAGUUGUCACGUGCGGUUUUGUGUACGCUGAAGGUUUCUGUUUUUUACUACUAUUACAACUGCUAACAUGAUAAGGUAAUAUAUAUUGAAGGAUAGUUUGCAACCACUGUUGUUUUCUUCGACACUGUUUCUGUCCAUAUUAUCUGCUAUCGUCACUGUGACGUGAAAUAGCGAUCGAAUGACGAAGCAAACACUAAAAAAGUGAAUCGUUAAAAAAAAAGAAACACAGCACCCCAGUAAAGCCGCGGUGUUGCGCCUUUGAACGGCGCUGCUGGAACCCUGAUUUAAGCUCUGCCAUUUUGUUGAAGACAGUCCAUCAAUCGUUUUCUUUAUACAUUUGUUACCUGGGUACGACUGUAUUCUUUUUGUAAAGAAUGUAAACGUGGACAGGUGUUCCAGUUUUCCCAACAUUCCUCCUAUGUGCCACAUUGAAACAUCAUGGCCUGACCGAAAAAAAAAAAAAACUUCAUUCGUGCCUCUUACAGCUUGAUGGCUUUGCGAGAUCAGUCAUGUAAAGUCAGCAGCUGAGUCGUUGUGGUCGGCAUACAUCAAAACUUCGUCACUGCUUUCAAACUCCUUCACGAAACAUUCGCAAAGGCUCACAGACAUCGAAGUGUUGUAAUCUAACAUCUGGAGAAGUGUAAUAUGACCUGUGCUCACACUCAGCGUUGAGAGACGUCAUGUGACGAAAUGUCUCGCGUGUGUGUUUGUUUCAAUGCGUAUUUUACGAUAUACUUUACUAAACAUAAGUUAUGACCAUUGUUUUUUUUUUCAUUCGCUGAGCAAUGAAAUGAGAACUCGUGAUAAGCUCACCCGCUUUAAUGCCAAACUACUGCCACACCCUCUAUGUAUUUACAAUACAAAUACUUGUGGUUACAGCGCGUUUUCGCUCUAAUCUUAACCCAAGCGUAAAGCUGUCAGUCAUUUAUACUCGUUUCUUAUGUACUGACACAACGUGGGGGUGACUGUAGGCUGAUUAAUAUCGCCGUCACACUCACAUUGUAAAGCACGAAUUCGAGAUUCAGUAUUACAGUUACCCUCGCCAUGUUGCUCGAAGCGCUUUACUGUAGCACGUUAUUGCGCUCAUGAACUAUACAAAUCAUUUACGGUUGCUUUCAGAGGUCACUGAUAUUUAGGCCGAAAGCCUGGCAACUUUCUUCACAGUGUACUCAUUUGCUGUUUUAGCUUCGCACUCGCGUUUAUAUAUCUAUGUUAAGUAAACUCGCUAAUGAAAGGGGAGGGGUUAAUUCUCGAAUUCAGGCGUCGGUUCCUUCGUUGAUUCGUAAUUGCAAACAAGGAUGAAGUUCAUCACAGGACCGAGCCUUGAAGAACUGAAACGGAAAGCUUUGGGCAGGGAGUGACCGGGGGGAGGGGGGGGGGGGGGCAGGUGGAAACGUUGGCUUUAGCCACACCCUGUCUUCAAAGAGCAUUCAUUCAUUGGUUAGAAGCGACAAAUGUCCCUCCGAACCAAUAAGGGACCUUUGGAGGUGGGGAGAAACAGACUAUAUAUAACUGGCCGUGGUUGCGACCACUUUGUAGACCUUGCAAGAAAUUAGCCGCAAGGUCCAUCACCUUUCAAUGGAGAGACUAUAUUUGAGCUCAGCAAGAAAUCAACACAGAUGCAUGGCGAUUCAUGUUGGCGCCUGCCAAUUUUCGGGCGCACAGAAUAAACGUGUCCCUCGAUAUUCGGCUCUUACCAGCUACGACCGGCAACGGGAGCUCGUGUUGAGUCCAUCUAAGGCCUAACCGGUCCAAAAUUUGGUUAACAUUGACCCAAUGUUAGUUCCUCGAUUGUUUUCCCAUUGUUCGCAACCUCGCGCUUUUCUUUAUUCUAUUGGCCAUUGUUGGCAACGUUGUGCUUUCUUUUUUUUUUCAGCGUAAUACUUCCGUGUUUUCCAGUGAAUGGACCAUGUUUCCGCAAUAAUAACGUAGUGUACCGCACUCUUUUGUGUGGGACUGUCAAAGCCUGGCUAACUAAUAAGGACUAGAAGGGUGUUUUUUUUUUUCAUUUGCUUCGACACUGAAUGAUCGUAUGCAGGGUUUGUUUGUACGAUGCACGCUUGCCGCUCAUAAGGCUGUCCGCACCAUGCUGACAUACGACUGCGAGUAUGUUGUGUGACUCACCGUAACAUUGAUAUUGCCACCGAUACUUUUUUUUCCCAUACUGUUAUUGUCUGUGUGUUUGCAAGGAGUGUUAAUGAUUAUGUAUGUCAAAAAGAACCUACUUAAGACAUUCAAGUGCUUAUAUCAACUCUAAAACUAUCGCUGUUCACUCAAAGAAAUGUCGAACUUUUUUAUUAUUGUUUUGCCUGCGUCUGUCGUUUUCCAGGGAUCAGGUGUGUAUGUUAUGCAACUUUGACUGUCACGUUCACCACAGGUCUUUUUUUUUUUCACAUUAUACGCUCCUUUGUGGUUGUCAGCCUGUUUAUUACUGCCAGUGUUGUUCUUUAAUGUGGUUGCGAUAUUCUCAUAAUUUAUUCACGUCACGAAGAGGGGGGGGGGGGGGUAUUGUGAAGGCAUCGCUAUGGCAAGGGUGCUGAACGUCAGUGCAUGAUAUUACUCUUUGUUACACCUCUUUCUCGGUGUGUUUUACGUCGUGUUAUGUGGUUUUGUUGUUGUUCCAUUUUAUAAGUUGUGUUUUUCUCUGCGUUAGACGGGCUGCCUUUGUGCGCGUCUCAUCGCACCAAGAAUGUGUACAUAUCCAAGCCAACAUUAUGUUACGCUUGUUCUCAGCAAAGAGAGUGACAUGUUUUCUACAUACUCAUAAUGCUCUGUUGCUAUUAGUUUACUGAACAGCUUCGUACGCGUCUGAACGCAUGCGCAGAUGUUAUUGUAAGACCACUUAGUACUCUUACAACCAUUUUUCGUGCUUGUAUUAUUGUUUGCAAACGUGUGGUGACGUUCUUCAGUUGCAGCAUCGAUAUGGAAGCUGCCUUCCGAACUUGUUCGCUUCUUGUAAUGUCAUUUUCGGUACUGCUGCAGUCACCCUUAUUGUGUAAUAGGUAAGAGUGAAACUUUACAGAAACAGAACAUUUGAUUACAUAUGGCUUACUAACAGUAUAAUUAAUGAUGACGUAUGUACUGCAAAAAAAAAAUUAAACUUCAGGGGCAUGAGAGAACGUGGUAUGAAUCGUACGAACAACUGACUAUACAAAUGAAUUUUUUUCCAAUUUUUUUAAUUUACACGUAAAAGGUGACGCAAAUUCAGUCAAUUAUCUUUAAAAACCUCUGACUUUCCGUGUAAGGAACGGGUAGGUGUUUCACUUCUGGAAGUUUAAAUACGCGUAUAAUCAAUGGUAUUUGGGGGUUUAAUGGGGUUUUAAAUACGUCAACCUAUUUUCAGUCGUCAGAACGAUAAAUCAAAAAAGACAACAAAGCAAUGAGCAAGCGCAAUUCUAGUACGGUAAUUUAUAUCUGCGUUAAAACAAUGCCUGCCAUCGUAGUGUAAUAUGUACUGGGCCAUAAUAUAUACCGAAAUAUGGGCAAUACCCCUUUGAGGAUCAAUACACGUGUUAAUUCGCAAGAUUGCAUCCAAAACAUUUGCCCAUUGUUUUGGAGCGGGAUUAUCUGCAAUUCUACCUCGUCCUUGUUGCAUAUUUCAAAGUACGUAUUGCUUGGCGCAGGCCAUUUUUCGGUGUGGCGGCUAUUGGGUUAAUUACGUUCAGCGAAGUAAUUUGGACGUGGUUAGUUCUCGUGUUAUUUUCCGGUCAGGGGGAGCAAAAGAUCGGCCGGUUACCAGCUAAGCGUUAAUUUCCUCAUUAAUAUUCAUGGUCAAUUAUAGCAUGUCAAUUUAUUGUAGUUUUAUUUUUUUUCCUCCAUCGCUUUAUGCAAGCCAUGUGGGGCAAGCUGCCCCUUAGAUUUUCUUCGUUCUGCUAUUGUUGAACGCAGCUUCUGAUUGAACGCAAACACAGUACUGCAGAGUGCGUGGAGAAUUUGUGUAACGCCACAUCAAUACAUCAACCCUUAUUUCCCUCUAAAUAUCGGUGCGUCUUGUGGGGAUGGGUUCAGUCCGAUUGAAUUAUCGCAGUUAUUUUGACUGUAUUGUACAGUGCCUGUUUCACUAUAGCUCCUGGCGUUCAAAUGGAUUACGCGUGUGCUUCUUUACUUUUCGUCUUACAUGUGCGUUACUUUCUCUUGUGUGUUAUCCGGACGUCGCACUGUUAUGCUCGUCACGUUUGGAUGAGACGUACGGGGCUUGUGAGGAACGUGUCGUGUACGUGGUCUCUAGGCUGCAAGCCAUGUUCCCUUGUUCACAUGUGUUCGCAUCCUGAGCCCUGAGUGGUUGGUGUAGAGAGAAGAAAUAAAGUUCUUGACAGUAAGUUUCCCA